AAACGUAUUUCCCACCGGGCCUCGCUAUUUGUCCCCCCUUUUUGGCAGCGGCUGCAUUACCUCAACAACAGCAACAACAAUUAUAUGCUGUAUCAACAGCAACACAACAAUUAUUAACGCCAACAAAUAAUACAAACGAUAUUGGCGGACCUACUUUAUUAAAUAAUAAUAAUAAUCAUUAUCAUUAUCCUUUAACUGCGACAACUGGACUAAUUGACGGACAACAAUAUACAAAUUUAUUAGAAUCUCAAUAUAUACAACAACAACAACAACAAACACAAAACUUACAAGAACAAUUGCAACAACAACAAAAUCAAACACAAACUAUACAAUAUUGUUUUUGCGGACAUUGUUCAGCACAAUUAGCAGCAGCAGCAACAGCAGCAGCAGCAGCAAGUGCACAAUUUAUUAAUUCAAUACAACCAACAUUAAUUUUAAGUCGUUAUACAGAAAUAAAUUUGUGCGGUUCAACAUCUAAUAAUAAUAAUAAUAAUCAUAAUAACAAUAAUAGUAGCCAAAAUAAUAUUAAUAAUAAUUGUAAUAAUAUACAAAUAAGUGAUACAAUACCAUCAUUUGCAACACAUUUACAAUCACAUCAGCAAAUAAAUAAUAAUCAUAAUAAUAAUCAUAAUCAACAUUAUAAUAUUAGUCCACAGCAAUAUCAAUUAUUACAGCCAUCAACAAUAUUAAAUUGUACAUUACAAAAUAGUGGUAUUUCAAAUAUACAAAAUUGUAUAAAUCCACAUAUUUUUAAUCCAAUUGUUAAUUGUAAUUUUGCAACAACGGCGGCGGCUACAGCAAUUCCACAUCAACAAACAACAAAUCAGCAGACAUCACCUGCAUCAGCUAAUACAACAAAUAUUAAAGAAAUAAUGCAACCUGUACAGUUUCAUCAUAGUCAACUUCAAUUGCCACAUCAAAUGUAUAUACCACAACAUCAGCAGCAUCAUUAUCAUCAAAUUCAAUUGCAACAUCCAUCAAUAUUAGAGCAGCAGCAACAACAGCAACAGCAGCAACAGCAGCAACAACAACAACAAAUGCAACAUCGUCAUUUAAUACCUACAACAAUAACACCAAUUUCAGCAGCACAUAUAAAUACACCUGUACAACAGCAACAACAGCAACAUCAAUUAGCAGUUGCAACUGCAUUUGCGCAACAAUUGCAAAUGAAUUUACCAACUAUUGUCACAACAAAUACAACAUUAACACCGACAAAACGACAUAUUACAUUAACAAAUUACAAUAAUACUAAUAGUAAUAGUAAUAAUAAUAGUAGUAAUAAUAAUAACAAUAAUAAUAAUAAUAGUAUUAGUAACAAUAAUAAUACUAAUAAUAAUCAAAAAUUGACAAAUCAUUUUCUUACAAUACCAACAAGUCCAACAACAAUAACAUUAUUACCAGCUGGUACAUUUGCAACAACAAAUACAACAAAUGGUUAUCAUAAUAAUUUAUUAACAACAACAAAUAAUAAUUAUCAUAAUAGUAAUGCUAUUAUCAACAAUAAUAAUAAUAUUAAUUUUAAAAGUUAUAAUAUUGAUAAUGAUGACAUUGAAAUGAAAAAUUGUACAGCAUCGGCAGCAACAAUAUCAGCACCAAUAUAUAAUAAAAAUAAAAUAUCAACAACAUUAAUAAGAAAUAAUUCAUUAAAAAAAAUUAAUUAUAUAAAUACAACACUAAAUAAGAAUAAUAGUAAAAAUAUAACUUAUUAUCCUGAUUCUACAACUAAUAUUAAUACUACAAUAACUAACAACAACAGUAACAGUAAUAAUAACACUAAUUUAAAUAAUAUUACUAAUAAUAGUAUAAUCAGUUCUUCAUCUUCUGAUUGUUCUGCAUCUCCGCAUUCUUAUUCUUCUUCUAACAGUCACAAGGAACGUUAUUGGGCUUGGAUUAAAUAUGAAUUCUUGCUUUAA